AUCCUAAUCGUGGCUCUAUCGCGAUCAGUGCAGAAGACGUUCGCAAAGCCGAUGCUACUCUCUCUAAACCCCUUACACGAGCUCUCCAAUCCUCCUGAAACGAUAUCAAAUUACAAUUAAUUAAUAAUGAUCUUUUAUCUAUUUUCUAUCCUGGGGAUUUCUGCAACUUUUAUAGAUUAUCCUGUGUUCGGUGUAUCAUUGAGAAAUGAAAAAUUUUAUUAAUAAUUGAUAGAAAUUUCAUAGAGAAAGUAUCAUUUAGUAAUGCCGUUUGGUCAAGAAUCAAGAGUCGUCCAGUGAACAUUAUCGAUCGUUGCAGCAACUCUGAAUGCAAUGCACUAGGUAACAUCUGCAUUCACUUUUCGAUUCGGCUUUAUUUACACGGAAGUAAUCAAUAUCAUUGACUUUCAUAAUUCCAUUGAACUUAACGGUAUAUAGAUAUACAUAGCACGUAGAUGUCUUUAAAAGUUUAUCGAGGGAAACGUUCAUUUUUCAAUAAAAGAUCAAUCAUUCUGUAUCAAUGAUAUCCAUGAAACCUUUAUGCAGUUAUUUUCUUCAUAGUUUAAGCUUUAAAAAUCCACGUAUUUCCGAAAAGAAAAAAAAGGACAAAAAGAUUCUCGUUCUCUUUGUGGUAUCUUGUAAUUACACGAAGCACGGAAAUGAAAACGCAAAUUGUGGAUAUCAUAAAGAAUUCGAGGAUGCCACGUGAAAGUUCCAGCAAAGUGGAAGUACAGUACAAUUGCCAGGAGCAAUUUGCAUGUAGAGAGAAACGACGUUUUACACGCAACACGUUCCUAAUUAUUUUCUUGUUAGCCGGCGAACCAGAGAAUUUCCCUCGGAGCGGCAUAAAUGUUUCGCGAGGAAAUCUGUCGUUUUUCACCCGCGGAAUAUUCAUACUCGAACCGCGACGGGACGCGGUCCUAUCAGGUGGAAAAUGAAACAGCAUGCAUAAUUUGAACAGGCUGUUUCACUGCCACGAAGAUACGACAAACGUCGCCUGAGAGAAAUAUCCCCUGGUAAUGCGAUCAAUCUACUUAAUCAGACAAACUGUAAAAUUUCAACUAACCGACGCGACGGUGUUUCAAAUAUAUGUAUAUUCCAACAGUGACCAAGACAAAUUACGAGCAAUUAAAGCAUCACCCUGACGUACAAGCUUUACUAAACGACAAUAUUAUGCUGCAAGGUGCAUAUUUUUUAAAGCAUAAAACAGUUUCAUAGCUAAUUUUUUAAAUUCUUAAAAUUUUAUUUAAAAUAGUUCCUGGAAUGCUGAGAAUUACGCUACAUUAGGAAUCGAUAUAAAGAGUAUUAUUUACUUUUCUGAUAUUCUUAUCGCACAAGCAUGUGCAUGUGCAUAAGUGUACUGCAUAAAUGUAUCAUACAGGUAUACAGGUGUACAAGUUGUAUUCACAAGAAGGUAUAGAAUAGCCUUGAACUUCCGUUGAAUGAAAGGAAGAUACUUUCGUGGUCACGAGACUUACGUUUUUCUGUGAUAUCGAUAAUUGCAUUAAAACUAUUGUCUGCUUUCAUCGGUGGAGUCUGACGUACAGAGAGGUGUGAAAAUAUUAUAUACCGAACUAAAUGUGCCAAAUUCUAUAUUUUUCAAAUCCUAUUUAUCAAGUUCCAUAGACUCUAUUUAAUAAGCAUUCCAAAUUCUAUAUUUUUAAAGACAAAUUAAAUUUUUAAAAACUUGAAAAUAAUAGCUUAAUAGGUAUCUGAUAUCUAAACUUAUACAAAAACAUCCCAGUUACUCGACUAAUCGAAUUAGUAUGCAACGGAAUCUCCUCUGAGUUUUCGUGCUGGAAUACCUCUGACUCGAUUCCAGGAGCGGAUUUAUUCGAUAAGACUAGAUAAGUUUAAUCAAGACGAUAAGGCAAACAAACGUUCACAACAAGAACAUAAAGUUCUCUUUCCUACAAACCUUUAUCAAAUCUAUGAUCUAAUUCUAAAUAAUUCGUUAGUAGUUCAAGGACUUCAUUCUCGUUGUAUAAUCAUUUAACAGAAACGGUAUUAAAUCUUAUACCUACAACUUCUGGUAUAAAUAAUUGAUUAUUUGUUGGAAUUUGAAAUUAAAUUUUAGAAUAUAGUUCCUUGCUACAGGUUCAGAAUACUCUAAAUCCAUCACUGUCCGAAUAAAGGAGGAAACCGGUCAGUCAGUGCCUUGCCAGAGAGAAUAACGAAUAUCUACUUUGCUCUUCUGUUAAAUAUAUUUUUUUAUCGGUGAAUUCUGAAACAAAAUCAAUAGAAUGAAAGAUAAAGUGUUGAAUAAUGAUUAGAAGUUAUAAAAGAGGGUCAAUUCAAAUUUUAAAAUGUGUCAUCAGUUGUGUAUUAGCUUUUUUUGUUAUAAAAUUGCUACUUAUUGGAGAUGAAAGCAAACCACUGCCCGAGUUCGGUGAUAGAGAGAAACUGAUGAUUGAAGCAGAGAAUGAUAAUUCCAAUAGAAUAUCGACGAUAAGAAGUACUUGUCAAAAGUACAAUUUAGGAAUCUAUAAGAAAAUUGGUGAAUCUUCUAUUUUUAAACAUCCGCCUACACCGCAAUACAGUGUUUUUUAUAUAGUCAGGAAUCACGGUCUAUCAUACUGUCCGAUUUACAAAGCUGGUAGUACAACAUGGAUUUACAACUUAUGUCUUCUAAUGAACGUGUCCGAGAAGGAACUAAACGGUGGAAAGGAGCAGAUAUCGACCAUUGCCAGAAGGCUAAUACCGGAACUAGAGUUUCCAGAAGCCGACCAGGCUUUAAAAGCAACGAAGAAACUACUGGUGGUAAGGCACCCAUUUGAAAGAUUGUUGAGCGCGUAUCGCGAUAAGCUGGAAAACUCCGUGGCUGGAAGGGAACACGGGACACUUCACUUUUAUCGGAAAUACGGUGACAAGAUUGUUGAAAAGUACCGUGACAAGAAUUUCACAAAACCUCGAGAUGAUCAAAUGAUUAGAAGAAAGGACAUACCUGAACCAGCGGGAAUUGAGCCCACUUUCAAAGAAUUUGUACAAUAUUUAAUUGAUACUGAUUUGGCCAGCUAUGGAGACGAUCAUUGGAUGCCUUACUAUUUCUUUUGUACACCUUGUAUCGUUAAUUAUGAUAUAAUUGCAAAGGUAGAAACAUUGUGGAGGGACCAGAUUUAUACGAUCCAUAAAUUACAGCUGCAAGAGGUAAUUAAACCGAGAUGGCGACAUAGCGGCGGGUACUCGAAUGCGUCGAGAAUAUAUUUCAGUCAAUUGAACCGAGAUAUGGUGGAAAAAUUGUAUGAAAAAUUCAAAUUAGACUUUGAGCUGUUCGAUUAUUCGCCUGAGGUUUAUUUCCAAUAUGCAACUUCUACUUAGAAUUUUCUUAAUAAACGAUAUUACAUUUCUUCACGAUAAUUACUUUUUUUUUUGUAAAAAGGAUAAGGAAUAAAAUAUGAAGUAUGAUUAGAA